CUAUAAAAUGUGGGAUACUUAUAUUAAGACAAUUUCAUCAAAUUCCACACUUUCCUGUUAGAAUAUCAAAAGAUUUUUACUCGUUAGGCACCAGUCAUGAAAAUAUUUUUAGUGUUUCAGGUCGUUAUAAUUUCAACGGUAUCACUAUAUCAAGUAAAUGGAUGUGGCACCAACAAUGUUGAAUGCCUUACGGACACAACUUAUCAAUUUUGCUUCAUUGUCGAUUCACAGGUUACUUAUGUAGAUGGUGUAAUGACUUGUGCAACUGGUACUACCUGCAACGAAAAUGGAACUUAUGUUUGUAUGGAUAGUUCCUCAACAGAUAGCACUUCAACCACUACUACUAGUGCCACCACCACCACUACUACUGCGACCACCACUGAUGCGACCACUACUACUACAACUGCCACAGGACCUCCGGAAACCUGUACCGAGGCUGGCAAGUACCCAGCUGAUGCGUGCGAUCAGUACUGGGAAUGUCUAGCUGUUAUGUGGUGGUACGAACUAGUAUUGCAGUCAUGCGGCACAGAUUUGUCUUAUAACUCCACAUCACAGGAAUGCGUUGCUAAUGGAACCUGCUCCACCACCACUACUACCACCGAAACUACCACUGUUACAACUACUGCUACCCCUGCGACAGGUCCUCCCGAAACCUGUACGGAGACUGGCAAGUACCCGGCCGAUGCGUGCGAUCAGUACUGGGAAUGUCUAGCUGUUAUGUGGUGGUAUGAAUUGGUAUUGCAGUCAUGCGGCACAGAUUUGUCUUAUAACUCCACAUCACAGGAAUGCGUUGCUAAUGGAACCUGCUCCACCACCACUACUACCACAGAAACUACCACCGUUACAACUACUGCUACCCCUGCGACAGGACCUCCUGAUACCUGUACCGAGACUGGCACGUACACAGCCGAUGCAUGCAACCAGUACUGGGAAUGUGUAGCUGUUAUGUGGUGGUACGAGCUGGUGCUACAAACGUGUGGAACAGAUCAAGCUUACAAUGCAACUUCACAGGCAUGCGGGGCUAACAGUACCUGCAUUCUUUGAAUUAAUUAAUAUCUCUUAUUUGUAUGUAUUUGGUACAAGAUAUAAUUGCUUGUUUAAGAUAUUUACAUAUACACAGUAUAAUCAUAACUUAGGGAAAAAUUAACUUUUUUAAAAAUAUACAUUUUUCUUUUAUG